AUGGCAAAGAAAGGACCCUCAAAGCAUUCGCGUGCUGCCCGCCGGGCAACUUCGCCGGGCAUCGACACCGACAAGUCGCUGAAAGAUAUCAAGCCGCCUGAGUCUACGGCUGACCACCGGCCGUCUGUGCUGGGGAUCCACCAGUCGGCGGGUGUCUCAAAGAAGACCAAGCAGGGCCGCAAGUCGGUGCCUAGCACGCGAGCGCGGCGACGCCAAGAGAAGGGACUGGAUCGAGCAGCGGCCGUGGGGGAGCGGACCGCGCAGAAGGUGCAGCGCAGCAAGACACAGGCACGGUCAAUUGACUACCGGCGCAAGGCCUGGGACGAGAUCAACAGCAAGAUCGAGGCGGACGUGAGCGCAGAUGCGGCGAGCAAGAAAGCUGCCUGGGCAUUGAUGGUUGCGGAUGGCGCCGAUGGCAGCGACGAGGACGAAGAUGUCGACAGUGGCGACGAGGCGGUGCGCAAGUUUUACGACGAUCUGGACGAGAACAUGGGAGAAGCCGAUGCGGCGGCGCCCGUGGUGGCCUUUGAGACAGCCGUCCCGCUGGCUGUUCUUGCUGGCGGGGACGAGAUAAUGUGA